GAAAGCCGGCUCUGCACGGGCUUGGAGCUAGAGUGGCAGUGCCUGACUCCGCCCUGCCCACAGCUCCAGCCGGCCUUGGACAGAAAGACUUACAGACUGAUGACUGACUGAAGGCAACAGAAAUUGGGUCGGAAUAAUCACUGGCAGCAUGGAGGAGGAUCUGUGCUUGAGCGAAGCCUGACGCCAUCUCCAGUUUGGAGCAGGUGCUGUGGGUACUCUCCAGGAAGAGCAUUUGCAGACCGACUGCCCUGCGCUCAGCUGCCCAGCUCUGCGCACUUGCCCAACCUGAGCAGGUCCAGUCUUUUUUGCUGGCUCCUGUUAUUUUUUCCCUCUCCUUGCCCUAGACAUCUUGGAGAACACCUUAGCAGCUUAGAGCUCCAGGGCACCAAUUGCCUGUUUGUCUACGGCCUCAACUAGCCCUCUCCCUUCUUUGAGAGCCUCCUGAGCAAGUGGCUUAGUGACCUCACGGUCCACUAAAGGCACUGGGAUGGAUGCCCCAACUACAGAAUUGCCCGAAGGGGAUUUCCAGAGCCCUGGUACCAUGAGCUACGGAGAUGAGCUGACUCCAGAAGCUCUGAGUGUACCUAGUGGUUUUGAUGACUUGAUCACCUCCACCACCUCCCAGGUGCUUCAGGCCGCAUCCAAUGCCGCAUCUGCGGUGGGGCAUGCUGGCCGUAACGGCAUGCUGUCCAUGAGGGAUAAGUUGGCAGACCACAUGCCAAACACAGGUGACCUGGCCGAUACGUCAGGUCCCCUAGAUUUGGAAAUUGUAUCCCAGGACGAUCAGGUGCAAUUCUGGUUAGUGGUAGGGUACACCAUAGUGGUCUUUGCUGCCAUCAUAGGCAACUGGGUCUUGAACCAUAUAAUUAUGAAGUACAAGAGGGUACACACUGCCACCGGCCUCUUCGUUGUCAACAUUUCUGUGACCAACAUGAUGCUCGCUCUUCUCAGCUCUCCCUUCACUAUGGUGCGCUAUCUGUGUAAUUCCUUGGUGUUUGGAAAGAUGACAUGUCACCUCAGCCGCUUUGCCCAGUACUCAUGUGCCUAUGUAACUGUGAUGAGCAUGGCAGCUAUUUCCCUGGACCGACAUCGGGUGAUGCUAUAUCCUUUGAAGUCCCGGAUUAGUCCCAUGCAAGGCAAUGUUUGUAUCAUUAUCAUCUGGAUUGUGAGCACCUGUGCUGCUUUGCCACAUGCCAUUUACCAGAAGCUUUACCAAGUGGAAAUUGGAAACACAACUGAGGAAACUGCCUGCCUCCCAAGUUUCCCAUAUACUUCAAAAUCCACAUGGAAAUACCUUGACCUGGGCACCUUUCUGCUCUUCUUCAUCUUGCCUUUGCUGGUGCUGGUGGCUGUCUAUGGCCAUGUGGCUAAAAAGCUAUGGAUCCAUGAUGCUGUUGAUGACAUCAAUAUCCACACUUACAUCUGCCAGCGUGGAAAGAAGAAGCAGACCCUAAAGAUGCUGAUGACAGUGGUGCUUCUCUAUACAAUCAGCUGGCUCCCCCUCAAUCUCUAUCUGGUGCUGCUAUCCAGUGAAUCCAUCUCAAGCCACAAUGGUCUAUACUUUUUCCUCCACUGGCUAGCAAUUAGCAGUUCCUGCUACAAUCCCUACAUCUAUUGCUGGCUCAGUGAUAGCUUCCGUAUUGAAGUUCAGAAGGUCAUCAUGGAAAUCCAGAAGAUGCUGCUAGAUAAAAUCAGCCGCCUCAGGGGAGAGCAUCGCCGACUGAGCUCUGUAUCUCAUACCCACCCCCCUGCCUGUGUGGAUCCCAAUCCAGGAGUGCCCAAAUUCCCACGAUUCAAAGAUUUUGAUGAGCUGCCCAGUCCCCCUCCCUCCCCUGCAGUUGAAAUCUCCUUUCUCCAUUCAGUGCCUAGAGUUUAAGCUGCCCAGACCGCGAUUGACUAUCAGUUCUCAAAAUAUCUGAGCUUAUGGACAAUUUCAACUCAGCAGAAGAGAGGAGGAGGAAGAAGUGAUACCUCAUCCUGUUACUGCCAUUGUUUUGGAGACAACAUUAUUAUGGUUCUUUGGACAGCAUCCAUGGUUGCAUGUGUAAAGAUGAUACCAGGAUGAGAAUUGAACUUGUGGUCUUCCUCAAUUUUCUCUCUUCUUCUUUGCCUCUUCCUCAAUAUACUUGGCCUCCCCCUGGUCUCUCCCCACCCUUUCCUAGCCUUUGUCCAUUUCCUCUUCCUUGCUCCUGUUCCAACCUAUAAUCAUCUUUCUCCUCUUUUAUUUACUUCUCUUUCAAUUGCUUUCUCCACUAUUAUCUUUCUUCUUGUUUUUAAAAUCUUCUUAACAAUCACAAGCUAUCCAGACUCUACUGUGAUAUCUCCUGAUUUGUAAGGUAUGGACAGAUUUUUAGUAUCAGGAAAUGAAGUAAUGAGAGUCAGCUUCCAGCUACUCUGUUUUCACUUAGGGAAAAGAUGUGGCAGAUUUUGGAUUCAGAUCUUCAAAUAUUUCAGUAAAUUACCAAGGACAAAUUAGGGGAAGAACCUAGUUCAAGUUUAAAUCACUUUCUUUCCAUUGUCUCUUUUAUGUGUCCUUUUAAUCCUUUAUUCCAUUUUCCCUGUCCUAUCACUAAUACCCCAAUUACAAAACAAUUAACUCAUAUUACUAAAGUAUAUGAAUACAUAUUUGGAGUAGUUUUAGGCUGAAAACAUGACUGAAUCUUCUAUUGUGACCAUUAUAAACUGCCAACCUACCUGUGAUCUCUUUUUGGCUUCAGCUGUUUUGGGGAUUAGUAGUCUUUGUGAGUAGUGAGCUCUGCUUGUGUAUUUUCCAAACACACUAUGUAAAUACUUCUGACUAUCUUAAGGACAGAUAUAUGUAUUCCUUUUCACUCAUCAUUUGGUAUAAUAGAUAUUUCCCAGGAUAAUGGACUGUCUGCUUAUGGUUCUCCCUCCCCACAUGGAGAAGGCAAAGUUGAAUUUGAAUUGAAUACCCCAUGAUUCUUAGAAGCAUUGUACCUAGCUCUGAUAGCCUUCUUCUCCAGUUUAGAUUUAGGAGAAAUUUGGGUAAAGGGCUUAUCAUUGUAAUUCAAAUGAGUAUUGUGCUAUUAUACUUUAACCUAAUGUUCUACCCUUCCUAAGAAAGCACUUCCUCACCCCUAUCCCUAUUCUAUACAAAUAAUCAAAUAUCUUUCACCCACAGUAAGGCUUGGAAUCUGGAAUGUUCCAUGCUUGACAGAUAAUCCAGCUUCAAAGUUUGCUGCUGACUUGGUUGGAAACACUACAGACCCAGAACUUUAUACAACGGUUUUGGUGAUGUGUGGAUGUUUAAAGAGUUGGGCAUAGGAAUAGUUUCAACUUCACAUGGGCCUUUGUUUAGACAUUUUUCCAGCAGCAACUAAUCUGAAUUCAGUACCCAGCCAAGUCUGAGGGUGCUACAAUUGUAAGAAGUUUUUGGCUGAAGGGCUCAUUUGGUUGGAACAUGGUGCUAAUGAGCUCUAGAUCCUAGGCUCUAACCCAUGUGCAGCCAUUUAGCUCUGUGGGUUCGGGCAUGGUGCUAAAGAACUGUGGUCACAUGGUUUCUAAACCCCAUGUGUGUCCUUUUACAUAGACUGCACCACUCACCCUAGCCAACCUUUUUCUGAACAAUCGUUAUCAGCCACCUGAUAGGCCCAGCAAAAUUGUUGUGUAAAUAUUAUUGCAAAAUUUGUUUUCACUUCUGGAGACAACAGUUUAUAGUACAUCCCUUACUGGCUGUGUGUUAGCACUGUCACAUUACUAGGAAGACAUCACGCUUGAAAUGUACACAUGAACAAAGAGAAUGUACCAGAAGUGAUAGACAAAGAAAUUGCUAGAUUCUCCCCUUUUACAAAUUCAAAUGCAUAUAUUAUAUAUAUUAAGUACCAAGAAACUGUAUUUCUGUAUAAGUUAGGAUAUUUGA